AAGCUCUGCCGCACCCUUUCUCUACCGCGCACAGGUAAACUGCGGCCAAACGACCAAAGUCACUCGAAAGUCAAAUUUUGGAUUGUAACUUUUGGCCAAAUGUAUGGAUUAAACACAGACUAAACUCGUGUCUGGAAGCUGAUAUGAAGGGAUUGGCGCUAAGGCAAGACUAAGACCAAAGAGAAGGGACAACGUCUCAGCCCACACACGAUUGGAGGAGAUAGACGUCAAUCAAACUGGAGGCCGUCCAUUCCCUCCCACCCCUCAUGGCGAGACCACCCCAAACCCACCAAUAGGGCGAGUCCCAUCCACUCGAACCCCCGUCACCGCUCAUCCGUCCGGACAAUCCAAUUGGUCCCCCUCACUCCACUUAACUCCUGCCCACUCUACGCUCCACCCCAUCCACCCCCUCUGAUUGGUCAAGAUGGACAAGUUGACAGACGACAUCCCCGGGUGCUACUACAACCGUACAGUGCAGUUCUUCUACGAACAUAGUGGCAAGAACAUCAGCACCCACUGGCGUCCUCGGGACUACGUGGUGGUGAGCCUGGGCAUGGGUGUGUCUGUCAUCGUCAUCCUGGCCAACAUCCUGGUCAUGGUGGCCAUCUUCAUCAACCGACGAUUCCACUUCCCUAUCUACUAUCUGCUAGGCAACCUGGCGGCAGCAGACCUGUUCUCAGGUAUCGCCUACCUGCACCUUAUGUUCCACACUGGGCCCUGGACCAUCAAGCUGUCCAAGAACCAGUGGUUUGUACGCCAGACCCUGAUCGACUCCAGUCUGACAGCAUCGGUGUUGAACCUCCUGGCCAUCGCCUUGGAGCGGCACCAGACCAUCUUCACCAUGCAGCUCCACAGUAAGAUGACAAACCGCCGCGUGGUGCUGCUCAUCGCCCUUAUCUGGGGCCUAGCCAUCUUCAUGGGCCUGGUUCCCACCAUGGGCUGGCACUGUCUGUGUGACCUGGACAACUGCUCCACCAUGGCCCCCAUGUACAAACGCUCCUACCUGGUGUUCUGGGCUGUGCUCAACCUGUUCACCUUCUCUCUCAUGGUGGCUGCCUACACCAGGAUCUUUGUGUACGUCAGACACAAGAGCCAGAGGAUGUCUCAGCACACCAGCCAGAUACGACACAAGGAGACUGUGUUCAACCUGAUGAAGACUGUUUCUAUGAUCCUGGGUUGUUUUGUGAUCUGCUGGACCCCGGGUCUGGUGCUGUUGAUGUUGGAUGGUCUGGGCUGUGAAUGGUGCCAGGUGCUGCGUUAUGAGAAGUACUGUCUGGUCCUGGCUGAGUGUAACUCCCUGGUCAACCCCAUCAUCUACAGCUUCAGAGACACGGACAUGUUACAGACCUUCAAGCGGAUCCUCUGCUGCCUGUGUCGCGGCGGCGGCGCCGGCCACAAAGACACGCUGUCCGGCAUGCGCUGCAACACCCUGGAGCAAGAGCCAUAUGAGAAUCGUGAUGCGGAGCUGGUGGAGAAGACCAGGGGAGCUCCUCUCAUCCUGAAGGGAACAGAGGACAUGAUGACGUCCACAGAGAGCUGACACACACACACACACACACACACACACACACACACACACACACACACACACACACACACACACACACACUGUGUGAUUAUUUGGGGGGGAAUCUCUGAAUCAUGCUAAAUGUUUUUAUUGUAUAGAUGUGAUUUGUAG